AUGGGUAACAUGGCAACAGAGAUCGUCGCCUUCCUGCUGACCAUAUCCGGCUGGAUUCUCAUCUCUUCCACGCUCCCAACUGACUACUGGAAGGUGUCAUCGGUGGAUGGGACAGUCAUAACAACAGCAACGUUUUGGUCUAAUCUCUGGAAGACGUGCGUUACGGAUUCCACCGGAGUUUCCAACUGCAAGGACUUUCCAUCUAUGCUAGCACUGGAUGCUUAUAUCCAGGUGUGUCGAGCUCUGAUGAUCUCAGCCGUGUGUCUGGGAUUCUUUGGAGCUAUUCUGGCUCUUGUUGGGAUGAAGUGUACUAAAAUCGGGGGCUCAGAGACCACCAAAGCCAGGAUCACCUGUCUGUGUGGAUUACACUUCAUUCUCAGUGGAAUCUGCUCUAUGGCGGCCUGUUCUCUGUAUGCACACAGGAUAACAUCUGAGUUUUUCGACCCACUAUUUUUUAAACAGAAAUUUGAACUUGGUGCGGCCCUGUUCAUCGGCUGGUCAGGAUCUGUUCUCAGUAUUCUUGGAGGCUUUGUCUUUUGCUAUUCCAUGACAGAGGGAUUCAGCAUCAGGGAGUACUCUUAUAAUGGUGCGACCUCUGUCAUAUCAGCACAAAACAAGGUCACUAAGAUUACCAAGACCUCUGAAGUUCCUCAGACACUCCCUUCAGACCGGACAGGAUCAUCCGGCAGACAGUUUGGGAGGAAUGCAUACGUCUGA